AUGUGUGGCCACCCUUGCACGGAGCAAUGCCAUGCGCCCUAUGCCUGCCCCGAGAAAACACCCUGCUCAACCAAGGUCACAGUAACAUGUGGCUGUGGACGACUUCGACAGGAAAAACGCUGCAACGCCGCCAAGGCCGUUACAUCCAAGGGCCAGGUUCAGUCACCUCAGCGCCAACCAGAGCUGACACCGUUGACCUGCGAUGACGAAUGCACACGUCUAGAAAGGAACCGCUCCCUAGCAGGAGCUCUCGGCAUCGACAUCAACCAGACGACCACCGCGCAAACAAUCACAGCCGAAAACCUCCCCUACUCGGAAGAAACCCUAGACCAAUACAUCAAACUUGCCAGCUCAGCGCCUCUAGCAACCCUCCAAACCUACGAGGCAAACCUCCACGCCCUCGCAGCAGCUGACAAAUCCACCCGCUCAUUCCGCUUCCAGCCUGCGAAAGCAACCCUCCGCGCAUUCGCACACUCCCUAGCCGCAGACUGGGGCUUCGUAACAGAAAGCCACGACCCAGAACCGCACCGCCAUGUCUUCGUGCUGAAACCCGUUGUCUGGACACCUCCCAUCUUCGGCAUGGGCAGCGGCUCAACCGUCGGUAUUGGCGGUAUGAGCGUGCGUGAGUGCGUGAAGCUCCGUGAACGCGAGCGCAGCAAGGAGCAGGAAGCCCGUCGCGUCGCUGCUCUCGAAGCAAAGGCGGCCCGGGAAGCUACCAGGGCUCAAGCUAGUACUGGUGAUGGUGGCUGGGCCCAGGUUGCUUCGAAGAGCAAGAGCAGUGGGCCUUCGAGGACUGGGACUCCGGUCCAGAACUCGUGGGUUAGCAAGUCCAUUUAUGCUGCCCUUGAUGGGGAUGGGGCCAAGAAGGAACGUUUGGUGCUUCGUUCCGGGGUAGGGGCGGGUAAGUCUUUGCGUGCGAAGACGCCUACGUCUGAGGUUGUUGAUAGUUGGGAGGAGGCUGAGGAGGAAGCUGAACAGAAGGAGGAGAAGGAGCAGACGGGAGAUGGGGCUGAGCAGGUUCAGGAACAGGCUAUCAGUGAGGACCUUGAGGGUAAAUCUGAACCAGGUCCUCUGACUGAAGCUCCCAAGGAAGAACGGGACGAAAAUGUCCGUACUCAGGCUGAGACAUCUGCCUCUGAUGUGCCGGUCUAG